GCUUUUGAUUUGGGGUGAUCAAAUGUUGUAUGUUUCAAAUGUUUUCUUUUUUCCCCCUCCCUUCAUCUGCAUCUUGAAGCAGUGAAUAUACAUUUUUUUGUUUAAUAUUAAUAUGAAAUUUUCAUUCUUUUCAACAAAAACCUUCGCAAACAGUGUAUGGUGAUAUGCGAAAUCUGUUGAGAAAUUUAAAAUAAGCGCCUUCUUCAAACUGUCAAGUACUGGCCAACAUCAUGUAAUCAAUCUAACUUUUACGAUAUAAUUGCGUAAAUUUAUCCUUAAACUUACAUAUAUGCUCGGGCAAAUAUGUGAGGUAUAAGAAAUUAAUUUUUAAUGAAGUACUCUUGGAAACCAGGGUAUGCUGAUAUCACACAAUAGAUCGCACAAUAUAUUUUCUAUUUUUAAUCAUGUUAACCACAUAUGUAUUUGCGCAAGAUACCAAAAGCGAAUGUAAAGCAAUCAAAAACUACUUUUGAUAAAAUUUCUGCUAACCAAUUUCUAUUAGUUCUGCACAGAAGGUGAAUAUCCUUGCGACAUAUUGUGCAAGUUAUAUGAUAUGAAGCCUGUCAGUUUGUGGUUAUCUCUGUAGGGCAGAAACUGCAUAUAUAAGAGCUAUGCAACCAGUCAUUUCGAAAAAAAAAAGCAAUAUUUUAAAUGCAAUAAACCUCAUGUGUGAGAUAGGUAAUUAAUUAUUUAAACUAAACGGAACUGAAGAAUGAUAUAUUUCUUCAUGCAGAAGAAAAAUGUCGUGUGUGUGGCAUGCAACAAAUCACUUAGACGAAAGAGUUCUUUAAUUGAUGAUCUGCUUCUUCACACAAGAGAGAAGUUUGUGAAGUAUAUAACAAAUCAUUCAGACUAAAGGGUCAUUUAAAGCACCAUAUGUGUAUUCAAACAGUAGAGAAUUUUCAUAUAUGUAAAUUAUGUAGAUAAAAGGGUCCAUUAAAUGUACAUAAGAUUAUUCACACACCAGAAUAACUUUGUGUGGGAGAUAUGUAGUGAGUCAUUUAGAGUAAAGUUUUUUAAACAAGCAUGUGCUUUCUCGCAUAGUAGAGAAACCUGAUGAAUGUAAGGCAUGUAACAAGCCAUUUACAUUAAAGGCAGUUUAAACCAUCAUAUGCUUAUUCACGCAGGAGAUAAAUCUCAAGUGUGUGAGAGAUAUGUUACAAAUCAUUCAAACUAAAGGGUGAUUUAAAUAGCCACAUGCUUAUUCACACAGGAGAAAAACCUCUGCGUGUGUGAGGUGUGUUACAAGUCAUUCAGAGGAACAGGUCUUUGAAACCUCAUGUAUGUAAAAUACGUUACAAAUCAUUCAGAUUAAAGUAUAAACUAAAUAACCAUAUGCAUACUCAUACAGGAGAAAAACCUUACAUGUGUGAGGUGUGUGAUAAGUCAUUCAGAGUGAAAGGUCACUUAAACAAACAUAUGCAUGUUCACGUAGGAGAGAAACCUCAUGUGUGUGAUGUAUGUGGCAAGUCAUUCAGAAUAAAAGGUCAAUUAAACCAACAUAUACGUAUUCACACAGGAGAGAAACCUUAUGUGUGUGAAAUAUGUAACGUCUCAUUUACAUUAAAGGCUGUUUUAAGCCAACAUAUGCUUAUUCACACAGGAGACAAAUCUCAUGUGUGCGAGAUAUGUAUCAAACCAUUCAGACUAAAGGGUGAUUUAAAUAACCACAUGCUUAUUCACACUGGAGAAAAACCUCACAUGUGUGAGGUGUGUGGGACAUCAUUUAGAGGCAAAGGUCAGUUAAACCAACAUAUGCGUAUUCACACAGGAGAAAAACCUCAUGUGUGUGAGAUAUGUAACAAGUCAUUCAGGUUAAAGGGUACUUUAAAUAACCAUAAACGUACUCAUACAGGAGAAAAACCUCAUGUGUGUGAGGUGUGUGACAAGUCAUUCAGAUUAAAAGGUCAUUUAAACGAACAUAUGCGCGUUCACGCAGGAGAGAAGCCUCAUGUGUGUGAGAUGUGUAACAAAGCAUUUAGAUUAAAGGUUGCUUUAAAUAAGCAUAUGCUUAUUCACACAGGAGAAAAAACUCAUGUGUGUGAGAUGUGCAAUAGAUCAUUUAGACUCAAGUACUUUUUAACCAGGCAUCUGCUUUGUCAUACAGGAGAGAAAUCUUAUGUAUGUCAGGUAUGUAAGAAGACAUUUGGACGAAAACAUUCUUUAAAUGAACAUAUGCAUAUUCAUACAGGAGAGAAACAUCAUCAGUGUCAAGUUUGUAAAACAUCAUUUAGACAUAAGUGUGCUUUAAACAAGCAUAUGCUUAUUCAUACAGGAGAGAAACCUCAUGUAUGUGAGGUAUGUUGCAAAUCAUUCAGAAUAAAAGACCAGUUAAACCAACAUAUGCCUAUUCACACAGGGGAGAAACCUUAUGUGUGUGGUUUAUGUAAUGAGGCAUUUACAGUAAAGGCUGUUUUAAACAAGCAUAUGCUUAUUCACUCAGGAGAGAAACCUUUUGUUUGUGAGGUGUGUAAUGAGUCAUUUACUGUAAAGGCUGUUUUGAACAAGCAUAUGCUUAUUCACACUGGAGAGAAACCUCACAUAUGUGAGGUAUGUGAAAAGUCAUUAAGUUCAAAGUGGUCUUUAAAAGAGCACAUACUUAUUCACACAGGAGAGAAACCUCAUGUUUGUGAAGUAUGUAAUAGAUCAUUCACAUUAAAGCAUCAUUUAUAUAGGCAUUUACGUGUCCACACAAGAGAGGAAUCGUGUGAAUUAUAUAUGUAAUGUUGUUUGAUAAGAGGAAUUUACAUAAAUGUGUAUUCAGAUA